GCCAGAGUUUGCAGUUCUUGUGAAACUGAGGAGAAACAAGGGCAACGGCAUCUAAACACAAGAAGAUAUCAGUGAGACAGUUGCAAUGACUGAGCCAACAGCCACUGAGAAACCGAAGAAAAAAGUAGCUCCCACCGGCCUGAGCGGGCGAAGAGCGCUCCCGCCCAAUGUCUCCAAUGAGGAAGAAGAUGAGGUCCCUACGAUGGAGACGACUGGUGUUGUGCCAAAGGGAUUUAAACUGGAAGAUGUUUUGGAAGUCCAGGAAGUCCAUUUGUUCAAUCGUGAACAUGAAAUUAAUAAACGGGAACACCACACGGACAAAUACCAGAACCCCAAGCUGGUUGUGCGCCGAGGGCAGUCGUUCCAUAUCCAGAUUACUUUCAACCGUUCAUACAAUCCAGAAAAAGAUCAGUUCUGGAUUGAGUAUCUUAUAGGGCGAUAUCCACAGCAAAACAAAGGCACGUAUGUCCGAGUUCCUUUGGUUCAAGAGCUCGAAAAUGGGAAAUGGGGUGCUAAGAUCACCCACAGAGACGACCAGUCUGUUGCCCUGAAUAUCAUGCCAGCAGCAAAUUGCAUUGUGGGGAAAUUCCGCAUGUAUGUGGCGAUCUGGACUCGGAUUGGUAUUCUCCGGACAAAACGAAACCCGGACACAGAUACAUAUAUACUGUUCAACCCCUGGUGUUCAGAGGAUGCUGUGUUUCUGGAUGAUGAACAAGAAAGGCAAGAAUAUGUCCUAAAUGACCUUGGGGUUAUUUUCUACGGAGACCCUGAAAAUAUAAACUCCAGGAGCUGGAAUUAUGGCCAGUUUGAAGAACGUGUUUUGGACGCUUGCCUAUUCCUGAUGGACAAAGCACAAUUGGAUCUCUCCGGCCGAGGGAAUCCAGUCAAAAUCGGACGUGUUGGCUCUGCAGUGAUCAACGCUAAAGAUGAUGAGGGUGUGAUUGCUGGGUCCUGGGACAAUAUUUAUCAGUAUGGAGUGCCACCAUCGUCUUGGACUGGAAGUGUAGACAUUCUGUUAGAAUAUUACAGUUCUAAAGAGCCUGUGCGGUACGGUCAAUGCUGGGUCUUUGCUGGCGUCUUCACCACUUUUUUGAGGUGUAUCGGAAUUCCUGCAAGACUUGUCACCAAUUUUAACUCAGCCCAUGAUAAUGAUGCCAAUUUGCAGAUGGAUGUCUUUGUGGAUGAAAAUGGAAUGGUGGAAUCCAGACUCACGAAAGAUUCAAUUUGGAAUUACCAUUGCUGGACUGAAGCUUGGAUGUCCAGACCUGACCUCCCUGUUGGUUUUGGAGGUUGGCAAGCUGUAGAUAGCACUCCUCAAGAAAACAGUGAUGGCAUGUAUCGGUGCGGCCCAGCUUCAGUUCAAGCCAUUAAGCAUGGACAUGUCUGCUUCCAGUUUGAUGCGCCUUUUGUUUUUGCAGAGGUGAACAGCGAUGUUGUAUACUCAAAAGCAAUGACAAAUGGAAUUAGGGUAGUUCAACAUAUUGACAAGACCCAGAUUGGGAUCUUAAUCCUGACUAAAGAAGAGGGUACAGAUAAGAUGAAGGACAUUACUGAGCAGUACAAAUUCCGAGAAGGCACAGCUGAAGAAAGACUGGCCCUGGAAACCGCCCUGAUGUAUGGCGUUAAAAAAAAUCUGACCCAGGACAUCACACCCAGUAGGGAGGUUGACAUGGACUUCGUAGUGGAAGAGGCGUUAAUUGGCAGCAACUUCAAUGUCAGUGUUACAUUCCGAAACAAUACCCAAAGCCAGUACACUCUGACAUCUUACCUUUCUGGCAACGUUGUGUUUUACACUGGGGUUCCAAAGACAGAAUUCAAGAACCACAGUUUUGAUGUGUCACUGGAGCCCAAGCAAGCUCAAACUGUCGAGGUGCUAAUCAAGGCGAACGAGUACAUGAGCCAGUUGGUGGAACAAGCCUCCCUGCAUUUCUUCGUCACAGCCCGUGUCAACGAGACAGAAAAGAUCCUGGCCAAGCAGAAGAGUGCUGUGCUGAAAAUACCCCAGCUGAUCCUGAAGGUUCCUGGAGCGAAAGCAGUUGAUACGGAGAUGGUAGUGAUAGUGGAGUUCACCAACCCACUGAAACGGGACCUCAACAAUGUCUGUGUCCGACUCGAUGGGCCUGGCUUGCUGAAACCAACCUCAAAGCAGUUCAGUGAGGUUCCAAGGAAUUCAACCUUGACCUGGGAAGAAAAAUGCAUUCCUAAGCGGGCCGGCCUCCGAAAGCUGAUUGCAAGCUUGAAUUGUGAUGCCCUACGACACGUCUAUGGCGAGUUGGACAUCAAUAUCCAGAGUGCUUUGUAAUGAUUUUUCAUCUCUCUUCCUUCAUUGCAUCCCCCCACCCCCAACACAGUAUUUUAGGAAUUUCAUUACAAGAAGCACACAGUUACACUUCCAAGGGCCAUAAUCCAAAGGUUGCAUGUGUUAUACAUUCUAUGCAUAUGCUUGAAUUACUGUUCUUUGCAGUUUUCAUUUCAGAAGCUGCCCCACAGAAUCCUGGACCCAUUCUUUAAACCACCCACCCCAACUUUUUUGUAAAAGCAGGGCACGAUGUAUUGGGAAGUUCUUUUUAUGCCAUCGGCAAUGAAAUAGAACAGGAGCCUGGGGGGUGGGUGGUCAUACUUUGAGCAUAAUCUUCUCUGUCCAGAUUUAGCACUGAAUUGGCUAUACAUAUCCAACAAAGGAAGGUAACUGAAUGCCAGAUUAAAAACAAAAUGUAUUUCAAGGUGCAGGAAAUUACUCAGCAUUAGAUAAAGUGGCAGGUCGCAUUAUUUUUGCUUAUUCGCAUGUGUUUAUGACUUCUUACAUUAAAGCUAGGGCAAUUUUUAAAGGUUCCGGUCCCUGGAGUACUUUGAACUUUAGUUUUAAUAAAGGCCUGAUAUUUCACAGAUUUUAUUUUAAAGCUAAGAUAGAAGCUGCCAUGUGCAAUAAAAAUUGCCAUUUUAAAAAACUAAGUAGACAUUGGCCCAGAACAAGCUUGCUGGUGUGCAAAUAAGGGUUUGGCACCACAAGCAAGUUUUGAACUCUUGGCUCUUCUCCCACACCUUCAGGACAAGUGGGUCCACAGCAGCCUUUUCAAAAUGAUGGCAUGUGAAGAGGGCAACACAAUUUAAAUGGGGAAGAAAGGUGUCCUCUUCACAUCAGUUCUCACUUUGAAAAGGCACAAUGCAUGCUUACCUGGGAGUGAGAGUCAUUGAACUCAAUAGCACUUACUUAUGAGUAGACAUUUAGAUUAGAGAUGGGCAGCCGUUGUCCUAAUUUCAAAAGCCCCUCCUCAUAUGAUCGGAGUUGAAACAUCUGACAAGAGCAAUCUGUCCCUUCCUUGGCAACCCACUGCUUGGGAAGAAAGAGGGAGAAAGAGAAAAAGGAGGGGACAAAAAAAGAGAAAAAGGGUGGCUCAAUUUUGGCUUGGGGCCUGUCCCGGUGCCAACAUAUGGCCAUCAACAAAACAAAUAAAGGUUUGUAGAGGAUUGUAGAUCUGCAGACUGUUCUGUGAAGUCUUGAGAUAUUAUUUAACUAAAGUGUGCACUGUUAAAGAACUUAGUUCACAUCUGAGCUCCAAUUCAUGCUUUUUUAACGCACUGCAGCACCUGCUUUUCACUUCUGUCUACGGGAGACCCUAGAAAGCCCAUGUUCCUCUAGUUUAUCAACCAAAGCUAACACAAUAAAAGAAUUACUGUACCUGGUUGUGUCUCUUCCACUUUGAAUCAACUCUUACCUGAGUAGCUUUCUAGCAACCCCUGCAAGAUAAAAACGAUAUGACAACUUCAGAA